AUGACUGAAUUUCCUGUCAGCGAAGGCGAGAUCGCCUGGGAGGUUCCCAAAGCUGGAAAGCCAUGCAAAACAUGGUUCAAGAUUCUGGGUGACCUCGAGUCAACGAAUGGUCCAGUCCUCAUAGCACUCCAUGGUGGCCCAGGUGCUGGGCAUGAGUACUUGGUGCCCUUGGCAGAUCUCUACAAGCCCUACGGGAUCCCAACUGUCCUCUAUGAUCAGAUCGGUUGCGGUCGAUCAACACACCUCCGCGAGAAAGCCGGCGAUGCCGAUUUCUGGUCCUUUGAGCUCUUCAUUACGGAGCUUGAUACCCUGAUCGACCAUCUGAACCUGAGAGGCAGGGGCUUCUUCCUCCUAGGCCAGAGCUGGGGCGGUGUUUUGGCCGCGUCCUAUGCCAUGCAUCGACCCCAGGGGAAGACACCCACGGGGCUGAGGAAGCUAGUAAUUGCGAGCGGGCCGUCCAGCAUUCCUCUAUACGAAAAGGGACUCAAAGGUCUACUCGCUAAAUUACCGGCCGACGUUCGUAAGACGCUCGAAGAGUGCGACAGGCGAGGUGACCACGAGAGUGAGGAAUUCAAGGAAGCAUCAAAAGUCUUCAACAGCCACUAUGUCUUCUACCUGACCAUCCAAGGACCAGCAGAGUUUGUCAUAGUCGGUUCAAUCAAAGGUUGGGAGGGCUGGAAGCAGGCACACACCAUUGAAGUUGAGACACUGCUCGUCAACGGACAGAAUGAUGAGGUCACCAACCUCAGUAUGUACCCAUGGUUCCAGAGCAUUCCAAAGGUCAGGUGGGUGACCCUUGGGGGCAGCCACAUGUCCCACUGGGAGGAUAGGGAGCGCUACAUGCAAGAGGUGGGCGAUUUCCUCGCCAGUACAGAGCCUGGUGAUAGGAAGGAGAUGUAA